GAAGUACGCGGAAGUGAAGCCUCUUGUUUCGUCACAGUGGCGAAGGAACGCUAGCUUGAAAAUCAAAACAAACAACUCUGGGAAAAAAGUGAGAGGCUGGAUGCUACUUUGUACCUGUGCUUAACCAGACUGAGGGUUUGUCUCAGAAAGAGACCUUCAUCAUGUCGGCUAUGGAGAAACACCUGUUCAACCUCAAGUUUGCUGCCAAGGAGCUUCACCGCAACUCCAAGAGAUGUGACAAAGAGGAAAGGGCAGAAAAGUCUAAAGUGAAGCAGGCUAUCCAGAAAGGUAAUAUGGAAGCAGCUAAGAUCCAUGCAGAGAAUGCCAUCCGUCAGAAGCAUCAGUCCAUCAACUUCUUGAGGAUGAGUGCACGUGUGGAUGCUGUGGCUUCUAGGGUCCAGACUGCUGUCACUAUGAACCAGGUGUCUAAAUCCAUGUCUGGAGUGGUCAAGUCUAUGGAUGCUACGCUGAAAAGUAUGAACCUGGAGAAGAUCUCUGCAUUAAUGGACAAGUUUGAAAACCAGUUUGAAACUCUUGACGUGCAGACAGCUCAGAUGGAAGACACAAUGGGCAACACCACCACUCUGACAACACCUCAGAAUGAAGUGGAUACUCUGCUGCAUGAGAUGGCUGAUGAAGCAGGGUUGGAUCUUAACCUGGAGCUUCCUGCAGGCCAGACUUCCGCACUGGCUUCAUCUGUGGCAUCAACAGAGCAGGACGAACUAUCCCAGAGGCUGUCUAGACUGCGAGACCAGGUGUCGUAAUCACGUCGAAAAGCAGAAGAUCAGGAGGAGGGAGAAGAGCAGGAGAAGCAAGAAGAGACAGGGGGUGAAAAA